CUUGGAUCGAGGCCCACGCUGACAUCGAGACUAAAACAGGCUACGAUGAAGGCUGUAAUCUUAGCGUAUUGCAGCAGCGUUGCAAAAUAUCGAAGAAUUAUUACUUUGUCGCCGCGGUGAGCGAAAAUGCGAACGAAAUCGGCUACGCAUAUGGCGAGUAUGGCCAGUUUGGCUAUAAACUGGAUGCGCGACCUGCUAGCCGUGCGGCGGCAUUAAGACACAAAACACGCGUUGCGAGAGGAAGGCGCGCAGACCAGCAGCUGCUCUGGCGCGACGCAAGGCAGCAUCGCUGCCGAAACCGCCCGCCGCCGCGUUUCCGGAUCCGCCGAAGGCGCCAGAAGCGCUGCCGACGCGACCGCGGUAGAAAACGCAGCCACGGCCGUAUAAAACGCAUCGAUAACACAGGCUCGCGCUCGGCGGCGCCGACGCGCUCCGCGCGACGCCGCGCAUGGGCCUGCUCUCGGGCCUCUUCGGCGGCAACAAGGGCACCAUUUUGACGGAGUCGCCGGCCGGCAAGAAGCAGGACUUCCUCGAGGCCUCGCCCUACUGGGACCAGUCCACGGUCCCCGUGAACACCUUCAAGAACAAGAGCCCCUACACGGCCAAGGUCGUCAGCUGCAAGCGCAUCGUCGGCCCCGAGGCGACCGGCGAGACGUGCCACAUCAUCUUCGACCACAAGGGCAACAUGCCCUACUGGGAGGGCCAGUCCUACGGCGUCAUCCCGCCGGGCACGAACCCGAAGAACGGCAAGCCGCACACGGUGCGCCUCUACUCCAUCGCGUCGUCGCGCUACGGCGACAACAUGGCCGGCAAGACGUCGUCGCUGUGCGUGCGCCGCGCGACGUACUGGGACCCGGACAUGGGCAAGGAGGACCCGGCGAAGAAGGGCGUCUGCUCGAACUUCCUGUGCGACGCCACGGCGGGCGAACAAGUUAAGAUGACCGGCCCGACUGGCAAAGUGAUGUGAGCGCCUGUGUGGAGAUCAAAUACCAGGCGCUGCGUCUGUAUCUCUAGCUCACUGGUUGAUUUCCACGCAGGCUGAUGCCCGAGGAGAAGGCGGACACGGACUACAUCAUGGUCGCGACGGGCACUGGCAUCGCCCCGUACCGCGGCUUCAUCCGCCGCCUCUUCACGGAGACGACGCCCGCCGGCGAGGCCUACAAGGGCCUGGCGUGGCUCUUCCUCGGCGUCGCCAACAGCGACGCCCUCUUAUAUGAUGAGGAGUGGCAGGCUGUGUGGAAAUCAAAUUCCGGGCGCCCCGCCACCUAACUCACUGGUUGAUUUCCACACAGGUGGCAGGCGGCCAAGAGCAAGUUUCCCGACAAUUUCCGCGUCGACUACGCGCUCUCGCGCGAGGAGAAGAACAAGAAGGGCGGCAAGAUGUACAUUCAGGACAAGGUCCGUUGCGGCGUCGCACAGUCGCUUCGAUUUGAUUUGCGGCGGGGGACGCGUCGACGGCGCGGCGCUCGACGCGACGACGGCGCAGCGCUCGACCGACAUUUGACCACACAGGUCGAGGAGUACGCCGACGAGAUCUUUGAGCGCCUCCAGAACGGCGCCGUCAUGUACUUCUGCGGCCUCAAGGGCAUGAUGCCCGGCAUCCAGGACAUGCUCAAGGAGGUCUGCCGGAAGAAGGGCCUGACGUACGAUGACUUCGUCGCCGACCUGAAGAAGAAGGGCCAGUGGCGCGUCGAGGUCUACUAAGCGCGGCGUUCGUUCGGCCCCGCGCUCGCCGGUGACGGCGGGCAAUUCUUUUAUAAGUAGUAGUGACUGA